CGUGUUAUGUUACAAUUACGAAUUAUUCACCGGCAGAACGUGAAGAGAUCCGGUCACCGUUAGGGUGCGUUAAAAGUGAACGAGCGAAAGUUUAUUCUUCCCCCACCUCGGUAAAAUUUAAUGUAAAUGAGCAUUCUUCCGCUGUCCAGGGAUUGUUCGCUAGGUGUGAAUGAAUUAUUUUACAAGAAAAAUAUAUGAAUUCUAUGUGUUUCAAUUCGGCGCGAUUCAGAUCACCGUAAUGAACAUUCGUGCGUUUUAUUUAAACUUAACAAUAAAAUUGGGGAGUAAUUGAUUAUUUUGCAAAUACCUUUGUUAUUGGCUUCUAAGAGUAAUCAUCAUCAAUCAUGAUAUCGUGUUAUAAAUCAAUCAGAUUACUUUUGAUACAACUUGCUACAUAAUAUUCAUUCGCAUUCAGUUGUUUGAAAUGACCGAGUAAUUUAUUGGAUGGUCGCUGAGCAAUUACAAAGUAAUGUUCUUGCUCGUUUAGUCUAAACACGAAUAACCUCAUAACCAUCAAGUUAAUCGUAUUUGUGGAUAUUCGAUCAAUGAACCAUUACGAUCUUGAUCCAUAACCCACUCAUUUCGCGCAGUUAUUUAUCGACGGGAUGAGCCUCUGUUACAUGAACGACUUCACAGUCAACUUUCAACGGGUGUUGCACGCCCGAAGUAACAACGGCCUGAAAUGUGACACGAGUGCUGCACUUCCGAUCCGUACAACCACUGUCAAACUCACAUGGUGUUGGUCCGCGACAGCCUUGACGCUUAACUCUGCGAUUACAUCAUUAGUUUGUCAAUGUAGAAUUCACGUUAAAACGUCUGCGUUGGUACUUCUUCGCUAAAAAAAUAUUCGUAUGCGAGUCGCGUGCAACGUCGAUGCUCGUCCGACAGCCAUUUGUGGUGCGCGUGAUUAAUCGAUACACGGGCCGGCAUUUGCCAUAACGCACGCGAUAAAUGUCGUCAAAGAGAAAAGUUCCCAUAAUGCAAUCCAAGGGACAAAUACUAAAUGCAAUACAUCGAAUAAUUGAAUUAAUUGCCAGGAAAAUAUUUCUGUUUAUGGCAUUCCUAAGAGGUCCUGCUGAAUCGCAACCACCUCUAAAAGAUUUAACUCUUUUACAUAGCGCAACUACUUUAGCCUUUAAAAUUAGAAACAAGCAGUUAACUUCAGAGCAGGUACUGCAGUCUUACAUAGAUAGGAUAAGAGAAAUUCAACCAGUAUUAAACUGCGUAGUUGAGGAUCGCUUUGAAGAUGCUCUCAAAGAAGCAAGAAAGUGUGAUGAAUUUAUAAAAUCUCAGGAUGCUUCAUCUCUUCAAGCAUUAGCUAAAGAAAAGCCUUUCUUUGGUGUGCCUUUUACAACAAAAGACUGUAUUGGAAUUGCCAAGAUGAAACAAACAGCUGGUCUUACUAUUCGUAAAAAUAUUGUCGCUGAACGAGAUGCGGAGGUAGUAAGAUUAAUGAGGGUUGCAGGAGCUAUUCCCCUGGCAACGACGAAUGUCUCAGAAUUAGCCAUGUGGUGGGAAACUAGUAACUGUUUAUACGGAACUACGAAGAAUCCUUACAACACUAGGCACAUUGUUGGAGGAUCUUCUGGGGGCGAGGGUUGCAUACAAGCAGCAGCUGGUUCACCAUUAGGUAUAGGAUCAGAUAUUGGCGGUUCUAUUCGCAUGCCAUGUUUUUUCAAUGGAAUUUUCGGGCACAAACCUUCCAAAGGUAUAGUUUCUAAUGACGGCCAAUAUCCGAGUGCCCAGAGCGAAGACCAAGACCAAUUGCUUGCAAUUGGUCCAAUGUGUAGAUACGCACAAGACCUGUUGCCUACUUUAAAAGUCCUUGCAAAUAAAAACGUAGAUAUGUUACGUUUAGAUGAAAAAGUAGAUAUGUCGAAGAUCAAGGUAUAUUACAUGGAUGGUGAUGGAGGCCAAUUUUUUACAUCCGCUGUAGAUCCUGAGAUAAAAGAAGCUAUGAAGAAAGUGGUUCAUUAUUUUGAAAAAGCACAUAAGAUCAAGGCGACUAAACUUAAUAUUAGGAAAUUGAAAAAGAGCAUCGCUCUUUGGAUGGCGAACAUGAGUUGUAAAGACGAGAAAGAUUUCACCUACGAAUUGUCAAAUAGAAAUGGUCACAUAACUCUGUGGUGGGAAUUCUUGAAGUGGAUGCUAUUCAUGAGCAAUCACACCUUGAUAGCUCUUCUUACUGCUAUGUUUGAGAGAUUCGCGGUGAAACAUGGAAGUGACAAACACAUGCAGUUCAUGCAAGAAAGUAAAGAUCUUUAUCGGGAAUUUCAGGAGUUUUUAGGCGAAGAUGGUGUGUUCUUAUAUCCUACUCAUCCAACUGCAGCACCAUUGCAUCAUGAGCCAUUGAUUAAGGCAUUCAACUUCUCAUACACUGGUAUCAUCAAUGUUUUGGGCUUACCUGCCACCGCUUGCCCCUUAGGUCUGAACAAAGAAGGACUCCCCAUUGGAAUACAGAUUGUCGGUGGGUUACAUCAAGAUCAUUUAACAAUAGCUGUAGCUGAAGAAUUGGAAAGAGCAUUUGGAGGCUGGGUUCCUCCCCCUAUCGUAGCUUGACACAGGUGUUUGUUAGACAAUAAUCAAAUGCAUGGUACAAUGGAUAACGCCUCGUUUUAUCGUACCCUGCCAUCGUUAUUUUUCGACAAUUAAUUUAUACUGGAAAAUCAUAAGGUAAAGUACAAAUUCGUAUCCAGAAAGUAGAUAUCCCAAAUAUUUGAUAAUGUAUUUCAAGAAGCAUUCAAAACGAAUUUCUAUGGUAUGACAAACAUAGAAGUAUGUUUCAACGUCGAUUGAAAUAAUCGACUAUAAAAAAUGUUGAACAUCGUAUAAUAUGUGAAAUCGUAUGGUUUGAAUGAGAAAACUAAAUAGUUUUCAUAAUCGCAUGUUUAUACAUAAGUGUUCACGAUUAAGUAUUAUAAAUUGGUGUCGAACAGAUUCUUUUCAUAAAAAGGAUCAGAUCCACGGAAGUAGUAACAUUUUGUACAUAAGUAAACUUAUUACAUUACAUUUGACUACCGUUUUUAUAUACCUCAUUAUAGAUCUCUAUGUAGGAUUUUCUAUUUUCAUACGAAUUAAGGGAAAACGGGAUGGGGAUAAUGUGUGAAAUAAAGAGAUAAAAAAAAGAAUUAUAUGAUAGCAGGGUGCUUUUGGUAAUGUGAUAAAGUAUUAAUGAUUCUAUGUUUAUAACGUGUAUUGAUGUUAAAAUCAUAUACAUAUAUAUUUUAUGUACUAAAAUAAUAAAUUUUUAUUCCAUUA